AUGAUCCUGGUGAAUUCACAGGGCGAUGGUUCUGCUCAGCUAGUGACUCUGUGCAGACUGAACACCGAGGGAGCAGCACAGGACAAGCGGCCCCCCGAGAACCUGCACCUCACGUUAAACAGCCAUGUGAUUCCCCCCCCCCAUUUUGGGGUCAGGGAGGGGUAUGUUUCUGCCAUGGGCUUGGGAGAAAGUGGAGUGGGGGCCUUGGCCCUAGAGUAUCCUGCUUGCAGGAACCAGGUUGGUCCACCAGCUCUCUCCAAAUGCAGAGCAGGUAAUCCUUCGGCGGAAGCUCGGCGGCGGGUUCUGCUCUCUGAGGAAGCCAGCUGGCUGGCUGGGAGGGCCGCCAGUUUGGAGACGCGCACGCCCCCCGCCCCGCUGUCCGCGGCGCCCCCCUCGCCGGCCAAGGAAGCAGCAGCAGCAGCAGCAGCAGCGGGCGCCCCCGGCUCUCCUCCUCCAGCUGAGGGGGCGCGGCUGGCGACUCCUCCUCCCGCUCCAGCUGGCUGGCCGGCCAGCCUCUUUGCGAAUUGCGCCUCACUCGGAGUCGGACUCGUCGAGGAGCGCAGCGCACGCGCCGGCUCUCCUCCUCCUCCUCCUCCUCGUCGUCCUCCUGACCUGCUGCUGGCCCAUGGAGCGGUGGCGGUGGCGCGCGCCCUGGUCCAGCACGGCCUGCAGGUGGUGGGCUGCGCCCGCAGCGUCGACAGGGUCGAGGUCAAUGGCGCCCAGAGCCACGACGUUGGUGACCCGCUGGGCGAGGAGGUGGCCUCUUUCCUGGCGGAGGGGAGUCCGCUCCACGGCUGCGACGACCUCACCCAAGUCAACCCAGUGACCACCACGGCAGUCCUGAAGUGCCUGCAGGCAAGGUACGCCCGGGAUGUCUUUUAUACCAACGCCGGCUGCAGCCUGGUGGCUGUGAACCCCUUCCGGCCGAUCUCGGCCCUCUACUCGCCAGAGCUCAUGAGAGAGUACCACACGGCUGCCCGCCUGCAGGAGUUAAAGCCUCACGUGUUUGUGGUGGCAGAGGAGACCUCCCGCAACGUCGAGAGCCAGAUCCCGCCCGUCGACCAGUCGAUCGUCGUUAGCGGCGAGAGCGGGGCCGGGAAGACAUGGACAUCGCGUUGCCUGAUGAGGUUCUAUGCCGCCGUGGCCACGUCGUCCGCCACCCUGGGAGGCCACGAAACCGUGGAAAGAAUAGAGAAGAGGGUCUUGGAUUCCAACCCGGUGAUGGAAGCUUUUGGAAAUGCCUGCACCCUCCGCAACAGCAACAGCAGUCGCUUUGGAAAGUACAUCCAGCUGCAGUUCAACAGAUCUCGACAUCUAACCAGUGCAUCGAUUCAGACGUUCCUGCUGGAAAAAACCAGAGUUGCCUAUCAGGCCCCUUGCGAAAGGAACUUCCACAUCUUCUACCAGAUUGCAAAAGGUGCCACUGAAGAAGAGCGUCGGGAAUGGACCCUCCCGGAAGGAUCUGAUUUCCGUUGGCUGCCCAACCCUGAAAAGGCUCUGGAAGAGGACGGCUUUGAGGUGACGCGGGAGGCCAUGCUCCAUUUGGGCAUCGACCGUGGUGUGCAGAAUAAUGUGUUCAAGAUAUUAGCAGGACUUCUGCACUUGGGAAAUAUCCAGUUCUUGGAGUUGGAGGACGAAUCGCAGCCAUGCGGGCUAGAAGAUUACGUCGAAGAGUUUGCAAAGACCACGUCCAGAUUGUGGCAAGUGCCCCUGGAGCAGCUGUUGGAAACGCUCCAGAUCCGGACCAUAACGGCAGGGAAGCAGCAGCAAGUCUUCAAGAAGUUGUGCUCCAAGGCCGAGUGUGAGAUGAGGCGAGACUGCCUGGCCAGAGUAGUCUAUGCCAAGCUCUUUGACUGGCUGGUCGCUGUGAUCAACGGGAGCAUCUAUGCAGACCGGUCUGUGUGGAGCAACUUCAUAGGUCUGCUGGAUGUUUAUGGCUUCGAAUCUUUCCCCGAAAACCACCUGGAGCAGCUGUGCAUCAACUAUGCCAAUGAGAAACUGCAGCAGCAUUUUGUGGCCCAUUUCCUGAAGGCGCAGCAGGAGGAGUAUGCCGCGGAAGGUCUGGCGUGGUCUUUCAUUAGCUACCAGGAUAAUCAGGGCUGCUUGGACGUGAUCGAAGGCAGCCCCGCGAGCCUCUUCUCCCUGCUCAACGAGGAAUGCCGCCUCAACAGGCCUUCCAACGCCAGCCAGUUUCAAGCCCGGCUCGAGCAAGCCCUGUCCGGUAACCUGUGCAUUUGCAGGGACCGCUUCAGAAGGGAGCCAAACUUCACCGUCUCCCACUACGCCGGCAACGUCUGCUAUCGGGUAGAAGGCAUGGUGGAGAAGAACAAGGACCCCGUCCCCCCAGAAUUAGUCCUGCUUCUUCAGCGGUCCCAAGACGCCUUGCUGCAGAAGCUGUUUCCCACCGCCGCCAGCCAGAAGACCGCGGAGAACAGCUGCAAGACUCAGACCAAGCCAGGGAGGGUCACCGUGGUGUCCAAGUUCAAGGGCUCGCUGGACCGUCUGAUGGCCAUCUUGCACAGCACCACCCCUCACUACGUCCGAUGCGUCAAGCCCAACGCGGAGUGCGAGGCGGCCGUCUUCCGGGAGGACGAGGUUCUGCGACAGCUGGAGGCGUGUGGCAUUGUGGAAACGGUCGGCAUCAGCGCAGCUGGCUACCCUAUUCGGCUCUCUUUCCGCACGUUUCUGGAGCGCUAUGAAGUGCUGAAGGAAGUUGGACAGUCAGACGCAGGAGCCCUGCAGAAGGAAGAUGGCUUUUCUCGUGUUAUGGGAAAUGGCUGGGCUCCUCCGUCCGCCGAAGAGGCUGGCCACGCUCUGCGCUCUGCCGUCCAGGGCAUCCUUCUCCUCUCACAAGCGCCCCCAAGCGCUCCUCCCCUGCAGCCCGCCAAGGGCGGAUCGUGUGCAGCUCCGGCGUAUUGUGGCAAAACCAAAGUGUUUAUGACCAACGCCCUGCUGGAGCGACUUGAAGCUCAAAGAGCCGGCGUCUUCUCGAAGAAAGCGUUGCUCAUCCAGGGCUGCUGGCGGAGGUUUAAGAGGCGGAAGCUGGCGAGGCAGAGGCGGGCUGCCACGAUCCUCCAGUCAGCUGUUCGCUCGUGGCUAGCCAGGGAACGUUUCCGGAGACUGUGCAAGGCUGUGGCGGUGAUCCAACGGGCCUGGAGGAAAUGGAAGGCCCAGAUGGAUAUCCUGGCUGAGGAGGAGUUAGACAACGCUGAAGGAAAGCCCCUCACCUCAGCCCUUGGAGCAGAUGUUGCUUCAAGCCGGACUCGUCGUGACCUGGGGAAACCACAGCUGCUGCCCCGUGCCGCAGUCCAGCUCUGGCCUCUUGGACUUGUCCUGUGCAGCGCUCCUGCCGUGAGGCGUGGCUUCCAGAGAGCGCUCGUGCAUCUGAGCUGCCUCCGGGUCCUACAGCAGAAGGCUUGCAGCAAGGCAGAGACCCGGCUGUCCAGGCAUGGGGUUGCCUCCGUCAGAGCACUGCCGCAGCCCUCGUUGAGCGACUGCAUCCUGCCCACCACCAUCUCUUGGCCCUGAUCAUGUGGACCAGUGUCGCCCGCUGCCAGCACAGCACUCUGCUUUCUAAAAUCCGAAGCCUAUCGGCAGAUGGAAACAAUUCUAGUUGGAUCCAGUGGGAUCCCGCCCCUCUCCACCCCAAGCAUUCAUUUAAGAACAUCUAUACAGACUAUAUAUGAGAAAUGACCCUUUUUCCCCCAGGAAUGACUGCAACCCAGACACGAAACCUGUCUGACAUUGAUCAUCUGAUGAUGAUAUCAUUGUGUUGCCAAUGUAAAUUUGCAAAGUGUUGUGAUUUAUACUUCUAUACUGUAUGACAUCUUCCUGAUUAUAGAACUAAAGGCCUCUCACUAUUAAAGUAACCUAUCGGGAUCUACAGUGCAUCCCAGACCACCAUUUUGGGAGGUACAAAAUAGAAAAGGUGUAAGACCAUGGAGGGGCUGAGCUAGUUUGUGUUUCCCCCUUUUGGGGUGGGGGAGGGAGAGCAUUUCAUGUGCGUCUUGUCCUGUCUCCCCUUUGCGGAGAGAAAACUUCUCUCUGUUGUGUCUCCCCUUUUGGGGGGAGAGAACCUUCCUCCUUGAAUCUUCUCCCUCUCUUUCUCCUGACUUAGCUGUGGACUUCAAGCUCUGGUUUUAGUUCUUUCGACUUUUAUCGGGUGUCUUGUUUUGAGUGCUAGACUUCGUGCAGCCGCUGCAGGCUGCACCAACAGGAGUGGUGAGAUAUCUUGUUCUGCUCAAGGGAUUCGAAUCUGUGCUUAAUUUGUCUAGAUUGGUAAAAUUGGUUUUAUUUGCUUCUGCUAAAGUAUGCUCUAAUUGAUUACUAAUGUAAUGUAAUGUAAUGAUUACUAAUUACUAAUGUAAUUCAAAAUAAAAGGGUUAUCCUGAUUG